AUCUCUGCUUGCAGGUCCCACUCCAAGGCAUUAUAGUAUAUCGAUUAGAGGUUUCAGCUAUGUGGCUCUACCUGGCUGUCCUGGUGGGGCUUUACCUCCGUCGCUGGUACCGGGAGAGACAGAUAGUGGAAAGCCUGACGGAGAAAUACGUCUUCAUCACCGGCUGCGACACUGGCUUUGGGAACCAGCUGGCCAGGCAGCUGGAUGCUCGGGGUCUGCGGGUGCUGGCCGCUUGCCUCACUCUGGAAGGGGCAGAGCGUCUGGAAAAAGUCACUCCUGACCAGUUAAAAACCACCCUGCUGGAUGUCACCAGCACUGAGAGAGUGGCAGCAGCCACUGAGUGGGUGAAAACAUGCAUGGGGAACAAAGGACUUUGGGGACUGAUAAACAAUGCAGGUAUUGGUAACCCAACAGCUCCCAACGAGUGGCUGACCAAGGAGGACUUUGUCUCAAUUCUGGAUGUCAACCUGCUUGGGUUAAUUGACGUGAUGCUGCACAUGCUGCCCUUUGUAAGGAAGGCCAAAGGGAGGGUGGUCAACGUGUCCAGUGUGAUGGGAAGACUGUCGUGCUAUGGAGGAGGUUAUUCUAUAUCCAAACACGGCGUGGAAGCCUUUUCUGACAGCCUGAGGUAA